CUACGAGCCUACGGCGCGGCUCGCUCAAAUUAUACAAUCAAAUGAUAUCAAAAACGCAAACGAGUUGGUCGUGACUGUCCGCGGUAACCACCGGCACCGAAACUUUACGAGAGUGCAGUGAUUUUACAAAAGAGUUUCCAGCUUUGAAGUUAAUCCAGAACCAUGGGCGAACUCGGUAAAAGACUGGGACUGGACGAGCUGUCGGGUGGUGCAGCGGCAUUCAGCAAGGCCUUGCUAGCUGAAUUCAUUGGUAACCUGCUGCUCAACCUGUUCGGUUGCGGCGCCUGCAUCAACGUCACUCAGGGCACGGACGCGGCGCCCAACAUCGUCCUCAUAGCGCUCGCAUUCGGUCUAGCUGUCUUCGCUAUUGUCUCUGCAAUCGGCCACGUGUCCGGCGGUCACGUAAACCCCGCCGUCACGGCCGGCAUGGCCGCCACGGGCCGGAUCAAGCCGGUGCGCGGGCUCCUAUACGUCGUCGCCCAAUGCGCCGGAGCUGCCGCCGGAUCCGGCCUGCUGAAGGCGUUCACGCCGGACGCCGUCGCCGGCAAGCUCGGCCUGACAUCGCUCGGCACCAACGUGACGCAGCUGCAAGGCUUCGGCAUCGAGUUCUUCCUCGGCUUCGUGCUGAUCUUCGUCGUGUGUGGCGUGUGUGACCCCAACAAACCGGACAGCAAGGCGGUGGCACCUCUGGCCAUCGGGCUCACGGUGACGCUGGGCCAUCUCCUGGCCGUGGACUACACCGGCUCCGCCAUGAACCCCGCCAGGUCCUUCGGCUCUGCAUUAGUGGCCAACGAAUGGACGGAUCACUGGGUGUACUGGGCGGGCCCGGUGGCUGGUGGUGUGGCGGCCGCGCUCCUGUACGUGCACGGCUUCUCCGCCCCUCCCCCCGACAGCAACACCCCCCGCUACAGACCCGUCGCCGGUGACGAGAAGGAGCUGAAGCGCUUGGACGGCAAGCCGGAGGACAUGGCAUGAAACCGCCGCCAGUGGCGCCCGCGGAGCCCCUCCCCCAUCUCCGUGCCCAGCGACACGCGCCAUCGAUAUCGAUAAACGACCCACAUCACUACAGUACAAAAGUCCUUUUCACGAACAACCGUUAUUAAAAAAACGAAUAACUUUUGUUAAGUAUAAUAUACACCAUCUGAAUGUAAUAUUUUCGCUUACAAUAAUAAUACAUUGAAUUAGUAAUAAUAGUA